CCGUCCGGUCAUUUCCUUGAAUGUUGUUCGUCUUUGCUCGACGAGCGAGCGUUCGUCACUUUUGUCUUGGCGGAAAAGUGGAGAAAAACAUCUUUGGAUUUUGCCACCGACAUCAUGAACUUGCUGUUGUUCUUUCUUCUGGCCGUGCAAAUGCACAGCGUGACGCCUGUGAUUCACACGCUGAAGUAUUUCCAAACUGCGUCCUCUCAAGUUCCAAACUUCCCAGAGUAUGUGGAGGUUGGUUAUGUUGAUGAAGUUCAGAUUGUUCACUACGACAGCAACAGCAGGAAAGCAGAAGCCAAACAGGACUGGAUGAACAAAAUCACAGCAGAGGAUCCAAACUACUGGCAGGGACAGACUGAGAUCAAUGUUGGUAAUGAACAGGUCUACAAAAUCAGCAUUGAAAAUCUUCAGAAGCGUUUCAACCAAACUGGAGGUGUUCACGUUCUCCAGUGGAUGUUUGGCUGUGAAUGGGAUGAUGAGACUGAUGAGGUUAAUGGUUGGCAUCAGGAAGGUUAUGAUGGAGAAGACUUCAUAUCGUUGGACAUGAAGACAUGGACAUAUACCGCAGCAAAACAACAAGCUUUCCGUGACAAACUCCAGUGGGACCAUAACAAAGCUCAUCUAGACUACCAGAAGUUUUACUUCACUGAGAGGUGUCCUUCUUACUUGAAGAAGUAUGUGAACAAUGGGAGGAAGGUCCUAAUGAGAACAGAGCUUCCACAGGUGUUCCUCCUCCAGAAGACGCCGUCCUCUCCGGUCAGCUGCUUGGCGACGGGUUUCUACCCCGACCGAGCCGACCUGUUUUGGAGGAAAGACGGCGAGCAGCUCCACGAGGACGUGGAGCACGGAGAGCUCCUCCCCAACCACGACGGAACCUUCCAGAUGUCGUCGGACCUGAAAGUGGAGGUGACGGCCGACGUGGAGGGCAAGUACGAAUGUGUGUUUCAGCUGGCUGGCGUGGAGGAGGACGUGGUCACCAAGCUGGAGAGAAGACGCAUCCUGAGCAACGCCAGAGAUGAAGUCAACUGGAAGGCCGCCGUCGCUGCCACGGCGGUGAUCUUCGCUGCGGCGGUCCUCCUGGCGGUCGUCAUCACGGUCAAGCAUCACAGAAAGAGACAAGGAGACAUUUCAGCCAAUUACCAUCCAGCUCCUCGCGACGUAGGAGCCAAGCUCUCAGAGAAGGUGGCGGCUGAAGACUGAGUGAGACACGGCGGCCGUCACGCGAGAGAUGUCUCCAUCGCUGAGGGACGUCAUCGCACUUGGAGAUGAGAUGGAGAUGUGCUUUGGUCUCCAUCAAGCUGCUCCUCACGUUCUACGAUGUCUUCUGGGGGGUCUUUGCGGCUUUGUGAACACGUUGUGAUCCAAUAUUUUAGGUGUUUGAUUGAUUUUGAUCGUUGUGUGCGUGGAGUUGCUAUCACGUGUGUCACGUGUCUUUCAAUAAAUCUCUUGGUUCGUUCUCCACUUGCUUUG